AUGGUUACGAAGGAGAAGAUCAUCAAAGCCACAUAUUACCAAUUUAUAUCGAUAAUAGUUAUUGUGAUUCUUACGGUCACCGUUAACAAACACUUUAAAUAUCUCCUAGGCUUGGUUUUCUUGAAUAUGAGCAUUCUUUUUUUCCAGUACAUAAGCGUGUGCCAGAGAAACGGAGUCGAUACAGAAAGAGCUGUGAUAAGGGCCCUGAAACCAAAAAAAUGUAAGAAAAGAGAAGAUAUCAGCGAACAGCAAAAGGAUAUACUAGAUGGUAGUAGUAUUAUGGACACCAAUUUAAGCUUGAAAGAGAGCACUCAACGUGCUGGAAUGUCGGACCUAGCCGCAACGAGAAGAGGCUUCGAAAAGUUUAUUGUGCAGUAUGUCAUCCCUGUAUCGAGUUCAAGCAUGGACGAUUCAAUAGAUUCUAUGGAUAUGACCACUCAUGAUCUUGUGAAGAAUAUUUUGAAACACGGUUUUAUAUCAUACGAUAGGAAGAAAAUAGAGCAUAGGCGGGUGAUGUAUGAGUUGCUGAGAAAAGUAUUUGGUGAGAGAGGAAUUGUGGUUCAUCCGGAAUGUAUGGUGUACUGCUACGUGAACAAGGAGCGAAUGGAAAGUUGGGGCGACCCUGUACUGGCCUAUCUUUUUAUGGUCUGCUGUGCCGUACGGGAUAACAACGAAUGGUUUGAUAGAAAGGGAAUGCGCUUCUUGGAUGAGCUCUUGACUUAAAUGCGAGUUUUGCUCAAUGCAGCCCUUUCAGUUGGUUGCUUAACAGUACUUGGAUAGGUUGUAAAAUUAAUCGUAGCAGUAAAUUUAAUAAAAAUAUGAGAAAAGCAA